AUGCCAGAUAACCAACAUCAGAGAACAAGGGUGCUGAUUCAGGAAGAGGGCACUAGCCAGGGGAGAAUAAUUUGUGAAUCUAGAUACCAGCUCCUGGGAGAUUCUGAUGAGGCCAGUUCCAGCACCAAAGAUGAAUAUGAACAAGGAACAAAGAGAAUGGAGCUAGCAGAACCCCCAAAUUCAGAUUUGGCAAAGGAAAGGAAGGUGAAACCGGAGGAGCUUCUGGCCUCAUCGCCGGAUUUUCACUAACUGCUCAACCCUCACAGACCACCAAAUCACUAUACUCUGGGCCCUAAUUUUAUGGCGGACAAUGCCACGCUGCGGGAGUAUGUUCCAGUGCUCCACUCCAAAAAUCCAUCUCAUCGUUUUCUAUGCACCGGAUUUGGGCGAAUCUGGGGAUGGCCAUGGACCUCAGAAAAAGGAAAUGUUCAUCAAGAAUUCCGCAAAUGGGCUAAGAAGACGGAGAAACACCAUUCGGCGACCUGGAAAAAAUUGGAAUAGAUGACUUGAUUCAGUUCUGUCAGAUGGGAGUAUUCGACAAUGAGGUGCUAUAAGGUCUUGCAUCAAGAUUUUGGAGUAGCUCCAGCAAUGUGUUCUGUUUAACACGAGGUUUCAUGACUCUGACGCUGCUUGAUGUGGCGGUGAUAACCGGAAUACCUGUGGUUGCGGAUGUCACUGUUGAUGGUGACAGUGAAGACGCUGAUACGGCUGCGGCUGGAUCAAACUAACAUCAGGGGCACGGUCCAUACAUCAAAGAAAACAUGCCAAAACCGUGUAAUUAUCAUCUGCAACAUAUCCGAUUCUUAGCGUUGUGGCUAAACCGG